GUGCACAAAAUGGAGAAGAUAUGUUCGAUCAGUUGGAAAAAGAAGUCGCAGAAUUUAACCAUAAUAAUAAAGGAAAUGCAUGGAUGCAAAAAUAUAUUGCUCCCGAAAAAGAUGAUUUUGGGCAGCCCUUUAUUCUUGUUAUUAUAACGAAUCUCAUGAUGCGUUGUCAUACACUAAAGGAAGCGGGUGAGUUAGUUUAUAUGGAUACAACUGCAGGAUUAGAUGUUCUUAAUACUCCCUUUACAAUUCUCUCGACAAGCACACCUGCAGGUGGUUUGCCUCUUGGCGUGAUUAUUGCUUCAGACGAAUCAGCAAAUACCUUCACAAAAGCUCUAGAAAUAUUAAAAUGUCUGAUUCUAUCAGCAGGAUUUGGUGAACAUGGAACUGCUCUUGGUCCACAGGUAAUAAUGACAGACGAUUGUAAAGCUGAAAAAACAGCAUUGUAUAAUACUUGGAAAAAUGCAACCUUACUGCUAUGUGUUUUUCAUUUCUUGCAAGCAAUGUGGCAAUGGCUUUGGGAUGGAAAACAUGAAGCCAGAAUUAGAAUUUUAAAAGAUAUCGUUUUUAAAU